CAAUGUUAAAGUGCCUAGGAUAGAACAAGGGGUUACAGGACAAAAAUGUGUUUUUGCUGCCUUUCUCCCCCUGUGAGCCCCCGUCCCUGUAAAAUCCUGUGCGCGCCCCUGCAGAGGCCUCCUCACUUUGCGGACCUAAGAUCCGGUAAAAACCGAACCUCUUUCUUUCUUUCUGACUUUCCUUUCAUGAUACCAAAAAGUUCUGACCUUUUCCCCGAACCCGCUAGAACGAGCCUUUGCGGCUCCGGUGUGUGAUCCACUGUGGUUCGGACAGCAGAACCAGAACCGGGCGCGUAAGGAGCGCAGUGAUCCGGAUCAUCUCCAAUCAGAGAGUCUGCGUGCCAGAGCGCGCGCGCGUUCACACCCACGUGCCUGUUGAUGAGAAGCAGAUGCUGGUGAGGUCCAGCUCACUUCCACCAGGACUCCGGGUCAGAACCGCGUCUGAAGCGGUCCGUUUGGAACAUUUCAGACUGGACUCGGGAUCUAGUCUGGACAGACGGACGUUUCCAGAAAGUAUUUUGCUUUCACGUAGCUGCGCGCGCGCAAUCCCGAAAUAACCUUAGCGGGCACGCGCAGGAGAAACAGGGAGGAGGUCCCGACCUCCCAGACAGCUUCAGACUUUAGCUGCUCUGGAUUUAGAACCGGACACCAUUCGGACGGCAGCCUAGUUUACUGUCUGGAGCAGAGACGGGGUUCCGGUUCUGGACUGGAAAACUUUUUUUUGAGGGGGUUGGUCCUCUUCUUCAGAAUGCUCCUACGCCGGCGCGCGCUCACCGGGCCCGUGCUGUUGCUUUUGUUUCUGUGUGUCUGCUAUAUGAGCUGGAACCGGUCCAAACCCCAGUCCGGUUCGCAGCGUGGGUCCGCUGAAUCUCUGCUGGACACCAGGAGGCUGAUCUCCGCUUUGGAGUCUGCGCACAAGGACGCACAGAGGCCUCCUCUUCAUCACCGGGCCGUGGUUCUGAUUGGUCAGCUGCCGGUCUGGGACACUGAGGUCCAGUUGUACCAGCAGGUUCUGCAGCAGAUGGACUAUGAGGUCCAAAUGUCCAGAUAUGCAGAGACCCGGAGCUUUCUGUGGAUGCAGCCGGGUAAACAAGUGAAUGGGUGGAGCCUCCUGCUGUGUCUUAGCAGCGCAGAGCAGAGCUGUCUGAGGAGGAUCAGCUUCUCUCUCUUGCAGCAGGACCACAUGGUAAACCUAAUACCGGGGUUGGUGAAGGCCUUCUCCGAUGCAGGUGGAGGUUUCUGUCACUUCCUCACUCUCUCCCAGCAGACAGGUGUGUCGGUUUCAGGUUGGUUAAAGAGAUCUACCUCUGCAGAAGCCGAAUUACCCAUGAGGCCUCGCUCCUGUGGCUCCACCUCCUGGAAGCGGCUCCUUUAUAAGGACAGGAGCUCUCCUGUGGACGUCCUAUCUCCCGCUCUGGUUGCUAUGGUGAACGUCUACGUCCUGGUCACGUCUGUCAGCCCGCUGACCGCCUUCCUGCAUGAUGUGGGGGUAGUGGUGCAGAGUCAGCAGCGGCAGGGUCGGCCACUCAAGAUCCGAGAUUUCCUGCUUCAGCAGCUGGGGGCGUCUGACUCCCAUCAGGCUUUGAGGCAGUUGAAGGAGGUGCUGGGGGAGGUGCUCCAAGCAGCCUCAAACAGUGAGAUGCUGGAAGCAACACCAAGGUGUUUGCUGUGUUUCCAGCUUCUCACCUUCACCCUCCUCUUCAGGGGCUCCAUCUCACCUGUCAUUGUCCAGGUGGACACUAAGCUGAACUUCUCCUCUCUGAGCAACACCACCUUUGACAGACAGAUCACUAGAGACCAGAUCCUGGAGGAUGUGCUGCACUUCCUGCUGGCCCCACCCACAUACCUGUCCUCAGCUGCCCAGGUUGGCAGCUGCAGAGGGACACGGCCCAUCUGUUUGUCUCAGGGCCACUUCCUGUUCCUGCAACGCUUCCUCCAGCAGCUUCAGACUCCGUUCCCCUUCCACCUGCUGUAUCCCAGGAUCUCCUCCUCCUCCUCCUCGGCUCCUCUUAGCCUCUCAGAGCUUCAACAGCAGAUUGUCUUUUUGCUGCAGAAAGACAGAGCUGAGGACGUCAACAUCUCUACCAAUAAAGAGCCAGCAUCUUCAAAACAAGGAAGUGUGUGCGUGGACCCCCACCUCAGACAAAUAUACACAGAGCCCCCCCUUGCCCUGACUCCGCCUUUCAGUCCCAGGAUAAAGGAGUACUCUGCACAGGUGACAUUCGACACGGUUUUGGUCCGGAUCCGUCCUAAGCCCGUCAGCUCCACCUGUAAGGUUCACUUGGAUGAGCAGCAAGGACCCAGACUGGCCAACUAUCCCGUGGGCCUGGGCACCAGCAGGAUCCGCAUCCUCGUGACGGGGGGAUCCCAACAACACCUUGUUGUCAUGGCGAUCUACACCAUCCAUGUGCUCCGCGAAGGCCGGCCCAUUCUCCCCAUGUUGGGAGAUCAUGUGAUGUGCUCCUUCCUGCAGGACUGCAGUCUUUUGGUCCAGCCAAGUCUUCCCUGUGGUCUUCAGCCUUACGCCAUGUCUCCAAGUCCAGUAAAAACCUGCAGCUCCGGACGCGCCCCAGGUCGGUGGGUGGUUCCAUGUCUAAGCUGUUCAGACAACAGGACAUGUGAUUGGAGAGAGGUAGCCUGGCAACCAGACGGUUGUUACCAUCCGCUGGUGAAGCGCCCCCUGCUGCAGGACUGUAUGACAGACAGAAAGGUGCUCUUCAUUGGGGACUCCACCAACCGCGGGAUGAUGUACUUCCUGAUGGAGCGACUCAACUCAAGUCUGGAGGACUGGGGCAAAGCUCACAACACGCUGAUCUAUCAGAACCUGAAUAAGGGGCGGUCCCAGGUCAGCUACUCGUAUUACCCUCAGUUCUGGAUGGAGAGGAGCCAGAGGCCAGCUUUCAGGGAGGUGCUGCUGCAACUGUUGGACAGGUCUGGACCUCUGGUGAACUCCAACCUGACGGUUCUGGUGGUGGGAGGAGUUCAGUGGCUGAAGACCAAACACCUGAAAACCAUACAGGAAGUUCUGGACAGAAAGUCUCUCCGGAACGUUUUGGUUGUUGUCAAGUCUCUGGGGAUGGGCUUCCACCUUCCUAUGGAUGGAAUCAGAUCCCUGACUUUGACUGAGGUCCAAGCUCUGUUCAGACAGAACCUGGAAAUUAUCUCCACAGCAGAGAAGCUAGGGUUCGAGGUGAUUGACACGCUCAGUAUUACCAUGGGUCGACACAAAGAGUUUCUGCAGGGACGCUGUGCUUGCCACUUCCAUGAGGUGGAAAAACUUCCAAAUUCAAAACCUCAGGAUGAUUCCCAAUUCCGAACCAAAGAACCGAGGACCGGUCUAACUGAAUCCGGACUGACCAGCUCAUCACCCGCACGGGACCUAGACCAGGUGAAGCAGUCUUCCCCUCCAACCUAUCAUGUCAGGGGGCCGGUUAAUCAGGUGUACUCUGAGGUCUUGCUGAGCCGCCUGUGUCCCAGAUUCGAGGACUGAGACUCACCUGUGUGCUGCUGAACGAGGACUGUAGACACCUGCAGGAUUCUGUCAGACUUUGAAAAACCAGAACUUUGGAAAUGAUGUUUUUGUUGAAACUUGUCUUACGUCUGUUUCAAAAAAUGUGCAAAACAUCACAAAGCCACAGGUAAACUGAAACCAGGAGGGAUUUUGGAGAAUUUCAGUCAAAGAAGAACCCAGCUUUAUUGGUGGGGGGCAGGUGAGUACAGGAAGAGACCAUUGAUUCCAACUGGACUGCCCUCAGAAGACACCACAAGUAUGGAUUCUGUCAGAACUAAGAUGUUCUGGUUGAUUAAUUUACGGUAUGGGUUCUCCAGCAGGUUUUCUGUUCAUUCUGUUUCUCUGAAAGGAAAUGCUCUGGGUCAGAAUGGAACUAUUUGAACUGGUCCAGUUCUGUUGGCAGUGCCAAUCAUAUCCUAUGGGUCAGAUUGAUGUUUCUGUAGCUGAUCCAACUGGACUGGUCAGAGCCAGGCUGUCCCUGAUCACAUAGAACUAAAUCCAACUAGACUGAACUGAAACGGCCAGAAGAACCAGAGCCACUGCCCGCCAAGUUCCUGGUACCGCCCAGUUUAGUAGUUUAUUUACUGAGUCGGUCAAAGAGACACCUGAAACAAACACCUUUCUGCUCUAAGAUAGCUGCACCCUUAAAGGGGAUUUUUGGUUAUCAGUUUCUUACCGGUUCUGGGUAGUUCUAGUUGCUUCAGUCAGGUUUUGGUCUGGAUCAACAAAUCUUCUCAAAGAUUAAACUGUUUUGGAAGUUUCAGAAGAAUCUGCUUUUCUAAAGCGUAAUCUUAAUCUGGAAUAACUACAUUGUGGGAGGUGUAAAAGCUGGAUCCGAACCUCACCCCGCCAUCCAAACUGGACUCCAUCCGUUCCUGGUUGAGGAACUGGUGCAGGGAACGGUUGGACCACCUGAUGUUUUCUUGUCUGUGAGUUUGGCUCCGCCCUCAUAAAGAAAUUUUAAAACAUU